AGCAUUCAGAAGGGCACCAUCCAUGUUGGUGAUCCUGCCCCAUACUUCACAUGUGAUGCCGUCACAAAAUUGAAGUUUGAGGAAGUGUCGCUACACAAUUACAAGGGAAAGUUUGUGGUCAUGCUCUUCUACCCACUGGACUUCACUUAUGUCUGCCCUACAGAGAUCAUUUCCUUUGCUGAGCGCAUUGAUGAGUUCCGAACCAUUGGAUGUGAGGUGCUGGGCAUUUCGACAGAUUCUAAAUUUACUCAUCUUGCAUGGACCCAGACAUCUGCUGAGCAUGGGGGAGUUGGUCCUAUCCCAUACCCUCUACUGUCAGACAAGUCAAUGUUGCUGUCACGCGAGUAUGGAGUAUUAAAUGAAGCAGAUGGAGUAGCUUAUCGCACUCUAGUCAUAAUUGAUGACAAAGGUGUGAUUCGAGAGAUAAUGGCAAAUGACGACAGAGUUGGACGUAGUGUUGACGAAACUUUGCGUUUGAUUCAGGCACUUCAGUUUGUUGAUGAACAUGGUCAAGUGUGUCCUGCUGGUUGGAAGCCUGGAGACAAAGCCAUUGACCCACAUAAGAAAAAAGUGGAUGUUCCCAAGAAGUAAUAAUGACCAUAUCCAAGACACAACAGUCACAGAAGCUCUAGUACAGUACUACAUCUCUUUACUAUUACCCAGGAUCUUGUUAGGGAUUUUUUCCUGUGUGCCAUGAUUUAGUUGGGCUGGUGGUUCUCGAGUAUAUGUGUGACGUAUAAAUUGUAAGAACAGAUUCGUCUCUUCGCUUUGGUUACUAGUAGGUGUAGGAGGGUGGGGGGGGGGGGCACUUGGUGGUUGUAUUAUGCUUGGUAUAGAUAUAGAGUAGUAGUCAUCUGUACUUGUGUGGUAUGAUAGUAUUUUACACUUACAACACACUUAUGCAUUUCACAACACCAGUUUGCACCACACAAGACCAGUAGAGUAUACACUUCACAACACCAGUUUGCACCACAAGACGAGUACAAUAUAUACACUUCACAACACUAGUUUGCACCAAACACGACCAGUACAGUAUACAUUUUGCAACACCAGUUUACACCACCAUACAAGACAAAUAUAUAUUUCACAGCACCAGUUUACACCACCCAAGAUCAGUAUAUUAUACAGCCAUUCCUCGACUUAGACCUACUCGACUUACAACCACCCAGACAUACGACCGCCCCAGUCGUACCAAAAUUGUUUCAAAUUACGUAUUUUCGAGUCCCGACAUAAGUGAUUGCGCUGUGUACUGACAUAA